AUGGCUACACCGCUGGCGCUCAUUGGGAAAGGGAUAUACAUCAGCCAACCGCAUGCGAAUACCUCAGGAUUCGACGGAGCGUCACAGCCAACGGUGGUUUUAAUCUUCGGAUGGAUGGGCGCCAAGUUGCCACAUCUCCUGAAAUACACACAAGUUUACGAUACCAUAUACCCAAACGCAACGAAAGUGCUCAUACGGUCAGAGCCGGGAUUCUUUUGGAGUUUGCAGAGUACACGGAAAGCAUACCUUAAACCCGCUGUCGAAAUUUUGGAAGCGUUCGGAUGUAUGACCCCUCUUGGAAACGCGACCAGGGAGGCGCAUAAAGGACCAAUAGAGCAAAAGAUGCCCACCACUCAACCGCGUAUCCUGGUGCAUGCUUUCUCCAACGGCGGAGCCGCCCAACUAUCUACACUAAGUGACAUGUUGGCUGACCGUUCAACCCCACACGUAUCCGCACCUCCACCAAGCGCGGUCAUCCUCGACUCGUGCCCUGGCAAGGGCGGGCUCGAAGUCACCAGGCGCGCCUUUGCCAACGCCGUGCGCAACCCCAUCCUGCGGCGGCUAACCAGUGCCUUCAUCACCUUCUUCUACAUCUACGUCGUUCUGGCGCACCGGCUGUUUGGGAAAAGACCAAGAAUUAUGAAGAUGAGAACGACGCUGAACAAAUACCUGCUACUUCCGUGGUUUAGUAAGCAUACCCCGAGGUUGUAUUUGUACUCACAGGCGGAUGAGAUGGUCUCGUGGACAGAGGUGGAGGCGCACGCGGAGGAGGCGAGGAAAGCGGGGUUAGAUGUGAGGAUGGAGAGGUUCGAGGGCUCGCCGCAUGUUGCACAUGCCAGGUCUGAUCCGGAGCGAUACUGGGACGCGGUGAAGAAGGUUUGGGAGGAUGCGACAUCUUCUCUUGCGGAUGGUCUUGAGCAAGAAAGACUUCUGAGGUAG